GGUAGCGGACCAGUAAAAGUUACUGGAAGAAUCAGUGGCUUGGCUGAUGGAGAUCAUGGCUUCCAUGUCCAUGAAUUUGGUGACAAUACAAAUGGGUGUACCAGUGCAGGUUCUCAUUUCAAUCCUGAAGGCAAGCAGCAUGGUGGACCAAGUGAUGCAGAAAGGCAUGUGGGUGACCUUGGCAAUGUGACUGCUAAAGGUGGAGUGGCAGAAGUGGAAAUAGAAGAUCCCAUCAUUUCUCUUAGCGGGCCACAUAGCAUCAUUGGACGUACCAUGGUGGUCCAUGAAAAACGUGAUGACCUGGGUAGAGGGGGAGAUAAUGAGAGCAAAUUAACUGGAAAUGCUGGACCUCGUUUAGCUUGUGGUGUAAUUGGAAUAGCCAAGAGCUAAGUAUUGUACCUGAAAUGCUUAAGGUAACAGUGAUAAAUGGGCUGUAUGUCACUGCAAAUGCUGUACUUGCCCUUCUUUGUGCAAGCAGAAGAUUUAUCACUUCAUUACUACUCUGCAAGACUGACUUGAUUUUGUAUGAUGUAUAUUGCAAUUAAAGUGACCCCGAUGGAA